AUGGCUCUGGGCAGCAGCUGUUCCCACCACCGGGCGGUGAAGGAAGAGCUGGAAGUCCUGACCGAUAAUGACGGUUCAUUUAACAGUCUGGAUGACCAGGAGUUACUCCGCUUCCGAGAGAGGAGGAGGGAAGAGACAAUCAUCUCCCACAUCAAGACGUCACGAAGCGUCCAUAUCAUGUGUCACAUCCCAGUCUUCUGCUGGAUCACUGCUACAGUUCUGGAGGACGUGUUGAAGACCACAGACAGAAGACAACUGCCCAAGACCCUGACUGAGAUGUACAUCCACUUCCUGGUGGUUCAGGCCAAAGUCAAGAACAUCACGUAUGAAGGAAGAUCUGAGACAGAUCCACACUGGAGUCCAGAGACCAGGAAGAUGAUUGAGUCUCUGGGAAAACUGGCCUUUGAGCAGCUGAAGAAAGGAAACCUGAUCUUCUGUGAAUCAGACCUGACAGAGUGUGGCAUCGAUAUCAGCUCAGCCUCAGUGUACUCAGGAGUGUUCACAGAGGUGUUUAAAGAGGAGAGAGGACUGUACCAGGACCAGAGGUUCUGUUUCAUCCAUCUGAGUGUCCAGGAGUUUGUGGGUGCUCUUCAUGUCCAUCAGACCUUCAAACACUGGAGUCAAUCUGCUGUCAGAAGAACAAACCACAUCUGGUGGUUUGGAUCUGCCGAGGCACAGUUCUACCAGACUGCUGUGGACCAGGCCUUACAGAGUCCAAAUGGACACCUGGACCUGUUCCUGCACUUCCUCCUGGGUCUGUCACUUCUGAGCAAUCACAGACUCCUACAAGGUCUGAUGAAACAGACAGGAAGUAGCUCAGAGACCAAUCACAAGGCAGCUGAGUACAUCAAGGAGAAUAUCAAUGAUAAACUGUCUGUAGAGAAAAGCAUCAACCUGUUCCACUGUCUGAAUGAACUGGAGGAUCGAUCUCUGGUGGAUCAGAUCCAAGAGUACCUGAGAGAUUGGGGUCUUGACAGCUAUGUUCUGUCUCCUGCUGAGUGGUCAGUUCUGGUCUUCAUGUUACUGUCAUUAGAUAAAGAUUUGGAUGAGUUUGACCUGAACAAAUACUCUGGUUCAGAGGAGGCUCUUCUGAAUUUGCUGCCAGUCGUCAAAGCCUCCAAAAAAACUGCUGUGUUCAGCAGAAUGGAUCAGAGUGAGGACAGAGUAGCCCGCCCCUGGAAGACCCCCCGCAGACCCCCCACAGGAUCCAGACAUGGACCUGGACCCAGCUGUGCAUCUACGGAGAGUGAUGCCUCCAAGUAUGUCCUGAUAAACUAUAAAAAAGUCCGUGAUCCAGAGCCUCGAAACUUGAUGGUCUAUGACGUAUCAGAAACAGGCUGUGAAGAUCUGUCUUCAGUUCUCAGAUCCCAGUCUAGUAGUCUGAUACAUCUGGACCUCAGUACCUACAACCUGGAGGAUUCAGAACUGAAGAUCCUGUCAGAUGGACUAAGGAGUCCAGACUGUAAACUGGAGACUCUCAGGUUGAGUAUCUGUAACCUGUCAGAGAGAAUCUGUGAAGGUCUGUCCUCAGUUCUCAGAUCCCAGUCCUGUAGUCUGACUCAUCUGGACCUCAGUAACAACGACCUGAAGGAUUCAGGACUGAGGAUCCUGUCAGAUGGACUAAGGAGUCCAGACUGUAAACUGGAGACUCUCAGACUGUCAGGAUGUCUGAUCACAGAGGAAGGAUGUUCUUCUCUGGUCUCAGCCCUACAGUCCAAUCCGUCCCAUCUCAGACUGCUAGACCUGAGCUACAACCAUCCAGGAGCCUCAGGACAGGAGCUGUGUGCUCUAGUGGAGGAUCCACACUGGAGACUGGAC